AAUCUUAAUCGCCGAUAACAAUAUGGCAGCAUGAUGAAUGAACCUAUUCGCCGACCAGAUCAAAUAUCUCCUAAAUCGAGUCCCCGGGGGUCUCGGUCACCGGCCUACCCCCGCGCGGACUCGUCCGGGACCCUAAGAACCACUAUCAGCCUGGGGAGAGUGCCGUCAGUCAUACAUUCUGGACCAUUUUAUCUUGUUAAAGAUAUGGGGUCUGGGACAGCCAAUCCAUCAGAGAUGACUGGAAGCAACAACCUGAUCAUCCAUUAUGAUCUAGAACAUUCCUACAGCAAGUUCUGUAAGAAGGAGGGUAAAGAAGAACUCAGUGCAUUCCUGCCUAACCUCCCUGGUUACAUAGAUGCCCCUGGUAUCAAUGACAACAGUUCUCUCCGGUCACUUAUAGAUAAACCGCCCAUCACUGGAAAGGAGUUAAACCCCCUGUCAAACAGUUCCUUAACAGGCUUCCGUCUCCAUCCUGGACCACUGCCAGAGCAAUAUCGAUUUAUGAACCAGAUGCCAAAGAAAAAACCAAAACCAAAGCGAAAAAAGGAUGAAAAAACAAGUGCUUUACAGGACUAUCCCGAUAAUCCUGUAGAAAGUGGUCAUGAUAAAAAGACAAAGAAACCAAAACAUGAUACAGAGAAGCAGAAACGCAAAAAGAAGAAAAAGAAGAAAGUGAAGGAAAAAGAUGAAGAAUCCCAGUCCUGAGUAAUUGAAUUCAAUAGAGCUGUGUGUGUAAGUGCAAUACUUGUAGUAGAGUCUACAAGCCUGUUGGAGCUGGCCUGGUCAUGUGACAUAUUGUACACGGAAGAGUUGGCUUGAUUGUGUGACACACUUUGGAUAGCAUUGGAGUUGGUCUAAUCAUGCGGAUCAUGAGAUCUUGUAUCUUGCAGUUCGUGGACUUUAUGAAAGACUACACUUGAGUGUCCGCCUUGUCAUAUGACUGUCAACUACUCUCUUUAAGUGUCUGUCUGAUCAUGUGACUUUGGACUACACUUGAGUGUCCGCCUGGUCAUGUGACACUUAAGUGUCUGCCUGGUCAUGUGAUUGUGGACUACACUUGAGUGUCUGCCUGGUCAUGUGACUAUGUCCUACACUUAAGUGUCUGCCUGGUCAUGUGACUGUGCACUACACUUGAGUGUCCGCCUGGUAAUGUGAUGGUGGAAUACUCUUUUAAGUGUCUGCGUGGUCAUGUUACUGGACUACACUUGAGUGUCUGCCUGGUAAUGUGAUGGUGGAAUACUCUUUUAAGUGUCUGCCUGGUCAUGUUACUGUGGAAUACACUUGUCAGCCUAGUCAUGUGACAUAGGACUACUUUUGAGUGUCUGUCUGGUCAUGUGACAUAGGACUAAACUUGAGUGUCUGUCUGGUCAUGUGACCUAGGACUAAAAUUGAGUGUCUGUCUGGUCAUGUGACAUAGGACUACUCUUGAAUGUCUGUCUGGUCAUGUGACUGUGGACUACACUU